CCACCAAUCCCCAAACAUAAUAAAAAAAGAGUAAAGCAUUUCUUAAUUUGUUCAGACCACUUCAAAAGCUUCACAAUCCUAGCUAGCAGCCCCUUCUUCUUCUUCUUCUUACAUUUCUGAUAGAAUAGAUAGUAUCGUGUCCGAUUCCAUUUCAAGCUUCAACUUUAUAAUCAGUUACUUUCUUCUCCUUAGCUCCAUGGCGAGGCCGGUUAGUACUACUACAAUCCUCAACAUUUUUAAGGUUUUUGUGUAUUUUCAAGUAGCUCUCUUCAUCACUCUCAUUCGUGGUUAUGUCAUUUCUACUUCAAGUUUUCGAUUAACUCUGUUUGUAACUGUGUUGGUCCUUACAUUUCUGUCCCCUGCUCAUGCUGAAAAAGACUUGUCUUUGUUUGAGUUUUUCGUAACGAUCUUAACUAGCACUUCAUCUUUUGUCAUUAGUGAAUCUCCAGUAAUUGUGAUUCUUAUCCUGACUGAUUCAUCACUUAUAUCUAACAUCAAACCAUGGUUGGAAAGAUUUCUAGUUAAUCCUUCUUCUCUUGGAACCUCCAACAAUAUUGGGUUAGAAUCCAAUGGAUCACAGGCUCUCAUCUUGCCAGAAAUCCCCACAGAUAUGAUUGGUGAAAUUGGAAAUCGAAUACAUAUCAAAGAUAUUAAAGCGAUUUUAACGUUUUGUAACCCCUGUAGUUCUGCUUGUUUCGAAACUACAACCUGCUCUUUGUUUCCAUGGCUGAUGCUUUCCAACAAACUAGAUUCUGAUUUGCAAUGUUUCUUUAAUCUCUGCAACAACAAAUAUCUCUGGUUAGAACUACCUACAAGUGACCAAAAACGUUGUUGGGGAUCUCCACAUGGUUUGGUUGUAACCUUGGGUCCUGAUUAUGAAGCCUGCCUUGUGCACGUUAGGAAAGAAGAACAAAUUGCUCUUCCACCACUAAACCCAAUUCGAGCACUGGCUCAAUUAGAAGAGUGGUUUCGCCUUGUACACAAAUUCAUUAUUUUAAAUGACCCUUCCGAUGAGAAGUUGUUCCUUGUCUUUGCAAUUUUCGGCCCCGUGAAUCGCUUAGCUUUUGCUAGAGUGGCUUUCAAUAGAGGAGGAGAUGGAGCGGCUUUAAAUAGAAGAGGACAAGGUCAGUGGGCUAUUGUUACGGUUACCAAUCCAGACAAUUUGAAAUUCAAUGAUGUUGCAUGUUUUGAAGAUAAAAUAUAUGCACUUUGUGGCUACGGCCAGCUGGUGCGCCUUGAACUUGAUGCUCCUCUGGCAGCUGAGGUGCAAGAUAUUGGGCCCGAACAACCAAGCGAGGAAGAAAUAGGCACGCGGCGCACGCCCCAAAAACUGUAUUUGAUGAAGUCACAAAAAAACCUUAUCGCGGUUUUUCGUUACACAUUUCACAAUCCUAAGAAGAUGAGGCAGGAGACUGAACGUUUUUUGGUCUGCAAUUUCAACUUUAGUGAAUCGAAGUGGAAGGUGACAGACUUGAAAGAUUGUACUGCUUUUGUUGGUGACGGAAAUUCCUGGUGCAUUCCUACAAGCACUAUCCCUAGCAGAAAUAAUUGCAUCUACUUCACAGAUGACAAUUGGGAGUUGCAAAUGUACCCAGGAGUAGCAUAUGGAGGCCGGGAUGUGGGAGUGUUUAAUAUAGAACAGAAAGUUACCCAACAACUUCCAUUUGAAAUAGCAGCAGAAGGAUGACAAGCGAAGGAAAACGCAAAAGCUGUAAAUUUUACUGCCCAUUUACAACGACAGUGAGCUAUUAGAAAUUACAACUUAUGAAAGACCUUGCUAACUCCUCUGCAUCUGCUGCCAGGACUGCAAUUUCUCAAGAUACGGUAUCCCUAAUAGCAUAGAUUGCAUCACUGAAAAUCCUUGUGUUUCUUUGCAGCCAUAUUUGGUGGAUUGUAGCAGCCCAGGGAAUCUUACCCAGGUUUAUUUCAUUAUUUGAAACCUCCUUCCCUUGAUCUCCUAGUGAAAGAACUCAAUUUUGAAACUUGUUGCCAUAAUCCAAGUGAAAAAAUAACUCAAAAACAGAUGGUUUCCACUCUUAAUUUGGCUUCUGCAGAAAACACACUAGUCUCCCUGAUAUCCCCAUUUAGCACCUCUGUAUCUAGUGGAGAGUCUAUCAUUAACACUUAACAGACACCAUACCAUUUUGCACCUUUCAUCCAAAUUGUACAAAUCUUAUUCCAAGUUGAACCACAAGUGCACUGAUCUGUCUUAGAAGGAAUCCAAUUCAUAACACCAUCUUCCCCAAGUUUACCUGAUAUUGUGAAUUUUGUUGUUUAAGUUACUGUGAAUGUACUCAUCUUGUGUUCUGGAUUUGAAUUACGAAAUAUAAGGUUAGAUGAAACUGGUAACAAGGUUGCCCCCACAUGUGAGUAAAUUAGAAACUGUCAAAUGACAGAUUGUGGUUAGGCUGUAACUAUUUGUAGUUAGCCCACGUCUUAUACAAGUUAAAUCCAUGUCCAUAAAUAGUAGACCCUCUCUGUGUGUAAGUCAGACUAAUUGUAAUAGGAUCUAUGUUAGACAUUACUCUGUUAGUCUUUUUUCUAUUACAUUUUUGUCCUUUUCUUCAUACUUGAUAUUGUGAAUUUUGUUGUUUCAGACUUUCA